UGUAUUAGGUCGGUACUGUACUGUAUAAUUUUGCACGCUAUGGAAGAAACGUCAGAAGUCAACACUGAACGUGGAGAGUUUGAUUAUCACAAUUCCGCUGUUUUGUUGAUGGAGACCCCGCACCAGGUGUCGAGGAAUACCGAUACCUUUCCUUGUGUUUCUGGUCAAUCAGAAACCGUGGAAGACCUACAGGUACCGGUGGCAGAUUCAACGGUUGAUCCAGAGAAGGAAGGUGCUGUAAACGAAGACAAUGUCAACAGAACUGAAUUUCAUGAAUCCAAAGAGGUUUAUAUGUCUGUCGGUCAAACUGAAGAUAAACCAUUGAAAAAAUCAGAACGCAGGCUUGCUAGUAGACGUAGAGAACACUGGAGUAGCAAGAGACGUCUAGAUAGUGGUCAAAUAACGUCAACUAGCAAAAGAGUACGAGGUGACAUCUCAACAGUACAAAAGCUUUCAUCGGAUGGAUUUCCUAUUGAACAUCCCUUCAACAAAGAUGGCUACCGUUAUACAUUGGCUGAACCAGAUCCUCAUGCUUCUGGUGACCUGGAGCAAUAUGCUGGAAAGGCAGUGCCAGCACGGUUAUACAGAGUUGUUCUGCCCCAGUCCAUAUUACUCUCAAUGAAUGAUCGAGCAAACCAGUUAAAUUUGUCUGAUGAUCGAUUGUCGGUGACUGGUGAUAAGGGUUAUUGUACUGUCCGUGCAACACACUGUGUGAGCCGUGGAGGCUGGUAUUUUGAAGUAACUGUGAAGGAUCUACCAUCUGGGUCUGCAUGUCGAAUAGGAUGGUCUCAGAAUUAUGGAAAUCUUCAAGCGCCACUUGGAUAUGACAAGUUUGGCUACUCUUGGCGAAGCAAGAAAGGGACAAGGUUUCAUCAAAGCAGAGGAAAACGUUAUAGCUCUUCGUAUGAAGCCGGUGAUGUCCUUGGAUUUUAUAUUUACUUAACGGAGUGGCGACCAUGCAAGACAGUCAUUCUACCCGACCAUCACAAAAAUCAGACUUUGAUCAAGUUUAGAAACUACCUUUACUUUGAAGAGCGAGAUUUGGUGGAGAAAGCAGAAAAAUCUUUGAGUCCUUUGACUGGAAGCAAAAUCAUUUUCUUCAAGAAUGGCAAGUCACAGGGUAUUGCGUGGGAGGAUAUCUACGACGGAAGUUAUUACCCUGCCAUUUCAUUGUAUAAGAAUGCAUCAGUUCUAAUGAACUUUGGCCCAGAGUUUCUCUACCCUCCAGAAGGUCUUACAAAUUAUAGACCAAUGAGCGAUGCUAUAGACCAAGCAUUUGUAGAGCAUACUUUGGCUGACAUGUUGUUUCACCUAGAAUAUGAUGAGGAUACAGCUGGCAAUGCAGUGCAUUAUUCUCGUCAGUCACACAAACGAUGAAGUGGCUCAAUGCGUAGCAGCAGACAAUGUCUAAUAUUUUGCUGUAGCUGUUAACAGGAUUUGCUGUUGUAAUAUUGUUGUGAUGAGACUUACUGGGAUACAAAAAAGCUUUCAUUUCACCAUCAGUUCACCUGAUAAGGUACAGUGUACUGCUUCCAUGUCUAGCCUUGUUUGGUAUACACAUGUAGUGCUUGUAUCAAUUUAUGAUACAUACGGCAAAUCAAGCAGAA